AUGUUAGAUGAGGUUUCAGAUAGCGGUCACACCGGUGUGAAUCAGCUGGGCGGUGUCUUCGUCAACGGUCGCCCUCUUCCGGAUCAUACCCGUCAGAAAAUAGUGGACCUAGCUCAUAAUGGAUGCCGCCCUUGUGAUAUUAGCCGGCUUCUACAAGUUUCAAAUGGAUGCGUUUCAAAAAUAUUGUGCCGUUAUUAUGAGUCUGGUACAAUUCGGCCAAGGGCGAUUGGUGGUUCGAAACCAAGAGUUGCAACAAACAGUGUGGUGGAAAAAAUUGAGGAAUAUAAACGAGAGCAACCAAGUAUAUUUGCAUGGGAAAUCCGCGAUAAACUUCUAAACGAUAAUGUUUGUAAUGCCGAUACAAUUCCCAGCGUGUCGUCUAUCAACCGCGUAUUGCGAAACUUAGCGGCAAAAAAGGAACAAGCCCAAAUGCAUAACGAUUUCUACGACCGUUUGCGUAUUAUGGAUAACAGUUUUCCGUACAGUGCACAGUGGUAUAAUCAGUGGGCAAUGCCAAUGGGAGGAACAGUUGGAUUGAACCCAUUUGGCGCCAUGGCUCCUUCGUUAUUGGAUCCAAAGAAAGAAGAUGCUGGUUAG